AUGCACUUGCAACAGCACGUAAAUACUGGUACGACAGCUAGACAAACUAGGAGGUUGUCACCUUCCUCAGGAUCAGAUAGUUCUGGUAAACUCAAUGAGAAUUUUCAUUACGUUAUGUCUGAUAGCAAUUCCGAAAUGAGGGCUACUGCUGCAAGAAUCUGUCGUGAUUACCUCCAUGGUGUGUGGAAGCAUGUCAAUGCUGAUAAUAUAGUAUUCAAGCACAUAAGCGGCGGACUGAGUAACUGGGUAUACAAUGUACAAUUACCAGAAGGUACGACACCUCUGCGUGGAGAACCACGCCAAGUAUUACUUCGAAUUUACGGACAAACCCACGGUGAGCGUGCGAUGGAAAGUAUUAUUACUGAGUCUGUGAUUUUUACGUUGCUGUCUGAACGUAAACUUGGUCCGAAACUUCAUGGAGUCUUCCCGGGAGGCAGAAUUGAAGAGUACAUACCAGCACGUCCGUUGCUGACCAAAGAACUUGCUGAUCCUGAACUAAGUGCGAUGACUGCUGAAAAAAUGGCGCUUUUACACAUGAUGCAAGUACCUAUUAACAAAGAACCUACCUGGUUAUGGGACACCAUGGCCAAGUGGCGCACUUCUGCUGAAGAAGUGUUGAAAAAUGUUGAAGAAGUUGAUACGCACUUGAUGAAACAUAUUGAAUACGGUAAUAUAUUACUACGUCAAAAUACCCGUAAACGUGAAUUGGUAAUAAUUGAUUUUGAGUAUUGUUCGUACAAUUACCGAGGAUUUGACCUGGCUAAUCACUUCGUUGAGUGGCAGUAUGAUUACACAGCUGAGGAGUACCCGUUUUUCCAUGAGAGAAAAGGAGCUGGACCAACAGAUGAACAAAAGUAUCGCUGGGAGAAAGCAACCGCAAGGCUGACUCAUAAUUAUUGCCAGAGCAGUCAUAUCAACUCGAGACACAACCCUGUACUGAUGACGGGGACACAACCUCUGGGUCCCGCAGUGAAUCUUCACUUCUUCAACACUCGAGAUUAUGCAGUAUGCAGAUGGACAAGUUACCAGCACUUGAAAGAAAAAAUAAGUGCAUCAAUAAACAAUGAAAGUCAACCACAAUGCGGAAUUAAAAGAAAAGAGGAUCACACGGACUGA